CGCGCGCUCUGACGUCACGCGCUUCCCCCCCCCGCCCCCUUCCGCGUGCUGCAGCCCCGGCGCGAGACCAGCCGCCGCCGCCGCCGCCAUGCCGCACCCGUACCCGGCGCUGAGCCCCGAGCAGAAGAAGGAGCUCGCCGACAUCGCCCUGCGCAUCGUCGCCCCCGGCAAGGGCAUCCUCGCCGCCGAUGAGUCCACCGGCAGCAUCGCCAAGCGCCUGAGCUCGGUGGGGGCGGAGAACACGGAGGAGAACCGCCGCUGGUACCGCCAGCUGCUCUUCACGGCCGACCAGCGCGUCGACGCCUGCAUCGGCGGCGUCAUCCUCUUCCACGAGACCCUCUACCAGAAGGCCGACGACGGGCGCCCCUUCCCCGCCGUCAUCCGCGCCAAGGGCGGCCUCGUCGGCAUCAAGGUGGACAAGGGGGUUGUCCCCCUGGCAGGCACCAAUGGGGAGACCACCACCCAAGGCCUGGACGGGCUCAUGGAGCGCUGCGCCCAGUACAAGAAGGACGGGGCCGACUUCGCCAAGUGGCGCUGCGUCCUCAAGAUCUCGGAGCACACGCCCUCGCGCCUCGCCGUCAUGGAGAACGCCAACGUCCUCGCCCGCUACGCCAGCAUCUGCCAGCAGAACGGCAUCGUCCCCAUCGUGGAGCCCGAGAUCCUCCCCGACGGUGACCACGACCUGAAGCGCUGCCAGUAUGUCACGGAGAAGGUGCUGGCGGCCGUCUACAAGGCGUUGAGCGACCACCACGUCUACCUGGAGGGCACCUUGCUCAAGCCCAACAUGGUGACGGCGGGUCACGCCUGUCCCAAGAAGUACAGCCCCGAGGAGAUCGCCAUGGCAACCGUCACCGCCCUGCGGCGCACCGUGCCGCCCGCCGUCCCCGGGAUCACGUUCCUGUCCGGGGGUCAGAGCGAGGAGGAGGCGUCGCUGAACCUCAACGCCAUCAACCGGUGCCCGUUGGCGCGGCCCUGGGCCCUCACCUUCUCGUACGGGCGGGCGCUGCAGGCCUCGGCCCUGCGCGCCUGGGGCGGCAAGCGCGACAACACCAAGGCCGCCCAGGAGGAGUACGUCAAGCGCGCCCUGGCCAACUCGCAGGCCUGCCAGGGCAAGUACGCGCCGAGCGGCCCGGCCGGCGCCGCCGCCAGCGAGUCCCUCUUCAUCUCCAACCACGCCUACUGAGGGGCCCCGGCGUCCGGGCCCCGCCCCGGCGUCCGGGCCCCGCCCCCUCUCCCCCGCCGGGCUCCGCCCGCUCCCCCCCUCCCCCCCCCCGACCUGCCGCCUCCGGCCAAUAAAACACCCGCCUGCCUCCGCA